UUUCAAGUCAAAAGCACCGGUCACCAAAGGAAAUCACGUCCAGUGAACCUCUCUACCAGUCCGCCUAUCCAAACUCGGCUGUUACUGACUGGAUUCAUCUAUGGAUCCCAGCGGUGUUCAUAGAUCCGAAAUGCUCGUCAAUUUGGUCCGAAGACUUUCCUUGUAUAAGCCGCUGGCUCACAGUCUGGACGAACCCUCAAAGGGUCAAGCAGACGAUAAAGUUGCCCAAAAUAUGGGGUUGAAUUCAAAAUCGGCUACAAACCCAAUCACUAUCAGCCCACCAAUAUCCAAAUCUAAAAGGGCUGCGGUUUUGAUCUGUUUGUUCGAAGGAGAAAGCGGCGAACUUUGUGUUGUUCUGACCAAAAGAUCCUCUAAACUGUCUGCCAGUCCAGGUGAAGUUGCAUUGCCAGGAGGGAAAGUUGAAGAAGGUGAUGCCAAUGAUAUUGAAACAGCUCUAAGGGAGGCUAAUGAAGAGAUAGGCUUAGACCCUUCAAUUGUGCAUGUUAUUACUCUUCUUGAAUCAUUUACAAAUAAGGUAUGUUUUUUCAAACUAUAUAUAUAUAUAUAGGGCCGUAGAUGAGGGCGUGCAAGAAGUGCUAUCGCACAAGGCCUCUCGAUUUCAGAAGGCCCAAAAUUUUAAAUAUAGUCCACAUAAUAUAAUAAAUCUUUAUUUAUUUGAUUAAAAAUUCCUAUCUCGUAUUUUUUUAAAAACAAGCAUUAAAUUGUAAUAUUUAUAUGUAAUUAAAAUACAAUUGUUAAUUACAAUUGUGUAAUUUAUCUAUUUCACAAGGCCUAGUUACAUUAAUUAGCACAAAAGCCCUCGUACAGAAUGGAACGAGCUUGUAACUACUUUCUUUUUCAUACUUUGUCAUUAUUUACGUUUCUUAAUAUAUUCUCUUUUCUACGUUUUCAUUUACCUUACACCUCUAUACUACUCAUACCAUUUUCUUCAUAAAACCCACAAAAGAUCUAAGGAGAUUAUUAUUUAAAAAUGAUGAGAGUAUUAAUAUAGUGUUUUAUACUUUAGGGCCUCAUAUUCAAUUUUGCACAGGACCUUUUGUAUGUCUGAGCUGGCCCUGUAUAUAUAUAUAUAUAUAUAUAUAUAUGGUUUGAGUAGAGAUCAAAUGCAAACCCAUCUUAAUAUGCUAACCUACAAACUUAAUCCUAACCAUCCAUCUCUUUAAUCUUAUGCGCGUACGUUCCUUACUGUGUGCCGUUACCUAAGUUAAUUAAUUGAGGGGCCUUUAAGUACUUUUGAUAUGUUCUAAUUCUGGAGAGAAAAAAACCACGAUCUCUUUCUUUUAACCUCUUUCCAUAUCUUCUUCACUCUUAUUUCCUUUCUUCCUUCUUCACGAAUGAUGUUGUAUUUCAUUUCCAUAUGGAAUUUUAUUUCUUCUUCGUCGUAAAAUUUGCUAGGUAUAACUUCUUUGCCUCCAUUAACCGGGGAUGACAUGGAUUCUGAUACUCAACCCUACUUUCGUGAUUUUUUUUUAAAUUCAUCUUCAUAUCCAUCUGUAUCUCCAUCCCAAUGAUAUCUUGCAUGUCGGAAAAUCGUUUUUUGUUCUUUUUGAGAUUAAUCAGAUUUUAAAAUUUUGAAUUAUGUCUAAUCUCCAUCACAAUGAAAUCUGCUGUGCACGCUGGAAAAACAUUUUUUUCUUUAUGAGAUUUAUUAUAUUUAACGUUUUAAUUUUUGUAUUCAUUACAUUCAUUAAUUCAUGUUUAUGCAAAAAUAAAAAUGUUUAAGAGCUUCAUUUGCCUGAAACAUUUAUUAUGUUCUUACAUUGUCAUGUAUUAUGCAUUAUGUAAUUUCAUGAAUUUAGUAUGCAUGUGAGUUGAGUAUAUAAUGCAGCUGCCAUAACGAUAAGAUGCUAUAUGAAUUUCCAAAGUGCAUAUGGGAAGUCAUAAUGAUAAGAUGCAGAAUAUGAACUUUUGAAAUGCAUAUGUUAUCUUACUAAAAUGCACUGUACGAACUUCUAAAAUGCACACGCCAUCUUACUAAUAUGCAUUGUAUUAACUUCUAAAAUGCACAUGCAUAUUCAUAAAAUGCAACAUAUGAAUUACUAAAAUGCAGAUGUCAUAGCGAUGAGUUGUAGUAUACCAGUAUGAAGUAUUAAAGCGCACAUUCCAUCAUACUAAAAUAUAAUAUAUGAACUCCUAAAAUGCACAUGUUAUAAUGAUAAGAUGCAACAUAUGAAACUAUUAAAUGCAGAUGCCACAACGGAAAGAUGCAACGUAUGAUAUAAUGAUAAAAUGCAAGAUAUGAACUACUAUAAUGCAACGUUGACAUAUUUAUGACUAUAUAGUUCUAAUAUAAGUUAUGAAAAUAUUAUAAAUAUAUAAUGCAUAUCUCGUAACCAUACUAUGCACAUCCAUUAAUCUUAUUAUGCACAUUAUGUAACUUUAAUAUGCAGGCACUUCUUACAUGUGUUAAGUUCUUACAAAUUUCAUGUGUUAGAAGUUAUAAUAUAAACUAUGCACAUGUUAUCAAUAUAUAAUGCAAUUUCCAUAACAUCAAUAUUUUAAGUUUAAAAAAUAAAAAGGUUAAUUAAGAAUUGAAUUAUUCCCUCAUAUUUAAUUGUGUAUUUACUUUUUGUGAAAUUUUGAACAAUUUUGAAAAGUGACAAGUGAAUAUUCCCAAAAUAAAGAAUAAUUGGAUUGUUAUUGCAAGUUUCGUUGAUGGCUAAAAAUUCCAACGUUAAUCCUUGCAUCUUUCCUUUUUUAAUAUGCUAAACAUGGGUGGUUGAAAUUUUAGUGGGGGGUUAGUUGAAAUUUUGGGAUUGCCUUCUGUAUGGUGCUCAUUUGUUUAAUCAUGGAUUUAGUUAUUAAAUUAUUUCCAUAAAUAACUAGACUUGCUGGCCACUUCUACUUUUCAAUUACCAUUGUUACCUUUUAAAAUGCCUAAAACUCAAAAACGUAGUUAUCCGAAUUUAUCUCAUGCGUGUGUCUGCACCGUUUUAGUAGUGGAUCCCAUAUUUCAUCAGCCGUCCGUUAUUUCAAAUCCAAGGGAUGGUAUUGGUUUGUAGGUUAGCACCGGAAGCAUGGUUUGCACCGGAACCGCACCCUAUAUAUAUAUAUAUAUAUAUAUAUAUAUAUAUAUAUAU